AACGCAACUAAGGUUUACAGAAAGCCAGAAAGGUUGGCUGUCAUUGCAGCUGAAUUGAAUUGUAUUUUACAAUUUACCACAGUUUCCUUAAUAUAUGUAUUUUUAGCAUGGCUUCUUUAAGGUCAAUGUUUACUAAGUCUUCCAGGAUAAUAACGGCAAUUAAACAGCAGACAAAUGUCAUUUAUAUCAGGAGGACACUGCUGGGGCCCAGGCUACCUCUCUGCAGACGUGUAGACGGCAGGUUUCUAGAGUUUUUGAGACAGUCCAGUUCGACCACAGUCAAUGCAGGUAAGGGAGAAGACUCUUUUCUCAAAUGGUUUCUGCUGCUCAUUCCUGCAACCACGUUUGGUCUCGGCACCUGGCAGGUAAGGAGACGCCAAUGGAAACUGCAGCUGAUUGACGAUAUGACCAGACUCACGACUAAAGAACCCAUUUCUCUCCCUCUUGACCCUUUGGAGUUGAAAAACCUGGAGUACAGACGAGUGAAAGUGCGUGGACGUUAUGAUCACUCAAAGGAGCUUUAUAUCCUGCCUCGCUCACCAGUGGACCCAGAAAAAGAGGCCAGAGAGGCAGGAAGGUUGUCCUCAAGUACAGAGAGUGGAGCCAAUGUCAUUACCCCAUUUUACUGCACCGACCUCGGCAUAACAAUCCUGGUGAACAGAGGAUACGUGCCAAAGCAGAAGAUCAGACCAGAGACCAGGAUGAAGGGGCAGGUGGAGGGGGAGGUGGAUGUGGUCGGGGUGGUCAGACUGACAGAGGUUCGCAAACCAUUUGUUCCCAAUAACGAUGUGCAGAAGAACCGCUGGCAUUAUCGUGACCUGGAGGCCAUGUCACAGGUCACGGGCACUGAGACCAUCUUCAUUGACGCAGAUUUUGGGAGCACGGUUCCAGGUGGACCAGUCGGCGGACAGACCAGAAUUACAUUGAGAAAUGAACAUAUGCAGUACAUAGUAACAUGGUAUGGCCUGUGUGCUGCGACCUCCUACAUGUGGUACGCCAAGUUCAUCAAAAAACUCAUGUUGUAACAAGUGAGGAUUUGUACUGUUAGCUUUAACAUGAUGCAAAUAAUGACUACAUUAUGUAAAUAACUAAUUUCACAAUAAAUAUCAAUUCACAUGUUA